GGGUGGGGGUGUGGAUGUUGUCCCUGCGCUCACGAGAAACAGGGAGUGGGUCAGCGGCCGCAUCCAUUCGGAGGGGGAAGAAGCGGCAGGCUGCCUCCGGACGUCAACGUGCAGCCAUGUCACGAGCGCCGGGCUGCGCGCACGCGAGCAUCUGAGUGAUCCAUUCAGGCGAUACGCGGACUCCACGGGAAUAAAGCGAUGGGUGGCCAGAUAACGCGAAAUGCCUUUUACGACUCCCUGGGUGGCCCCUUUCCUUCCACGUCGCACAGAUGCCACCACAAACCGAGGAGGUGCCUGCCUAUCCAGUGUGGCAGUGUUGGCACGCCCCUUCCCAUCAUCCCACUGCUCUUCCAUCCAAAUGCCAAGGGAUCCCAAAUUGUCAUGGACCUGGCCCAGAAGACAGUUAAGAGGCAGGCCAGUUUCUGUAAUGCCAUCACUUUCAGCAACAGGCCUAUGGCACUCUAUGAGCAAGUCCGCCUCAAGAUUACUAAAAAGCAGUGUUGCUGGAGUGGGGCUGUACGUCUGGGCUUCACUGCCAAAGACCCCUCCAGGAUAAACCCAGACAACCUGCCCAAAUACGCCUGCCCCGACCUGGUGUCCCAGAGUGGCUUCUGGGCGAAGGCCCUGCCUGAGGAGUUUGCCAACGAGGGCAACAUUAUUGCCUUUUGGGUGGACAAGAAGGGCAGAGUCUUCUACCGCAUUAACGAGUCCAGUCCUAUGCUCUUCUUCAGUGGAGUCCGCACGGCCGAGCCCCUCUGGGCCCUCAUCGAUGUUUAUGGUCUGACCCGCGGAGUGCAGCUGCUAGACAGUGAGAUUGUUCCUCCAGACUGCCUACGCCCACGCUCCUUCACCACAGUGCGGUCCUCCUCUCUCCGGCGUGAGGCUGACGACUCCCGCCUGUCCGUCAGCCUGUGUGACCUCAACCUGCAGCAGGAGGACGGAAGCAACGGCCACAAUCACUCCCACCGGCACACCCUCCACCUGGCCUCCUCCUCCUCUUCCUCCACCUGCCCCAUACCUCAGAACUCUCUCAACUCCCAGCAGUCCUCUCUGCUGCCAUCCGCCCUGGAGAGCGACCUCCACUUCCACCAGCUGCGUGGCGCUCACAUCAAGACUCUGGACCAGCAGACCGUGGCGCGAUCCGAGCACGCGCGAGACGAACGCACGCUGGUCUUCACCAACCGGCCCCUGCGCACCGGGGAGACGGUCUUCAUCAAAGUCACCAAGUCCAGCCCGGCCCGCUCGGGCUCGCUGUCCUACGGCGUGACGUCCUGCGACCCGGCGGUGCUGCGUCCCAGCGACUUACCCUACAAUCCGGAGGCUCUGGUGGACAGGAAGGAGUUUUGGGCGGUGUGUCGGGUGCCGACGCCUCUCCAGAGCAGUGACAUCUUGGGCUUCCUUGUCAACCAGGGGGGGGAGGUCAUCCUCAGCCACAACGGCACCAAUGUGGGGAUGCAGGUGUGCGUGGACAACUCCCGCCCGCUCUGGAUGUUCUUCGGUCUCCACGGGGCUGUGACUCAGCUCAAGAUUCUGGGUUCCACUCACCUCAGGGAUCCGCGGACCACCUCAAACCCCAGCUCGCCCUCGUCCUCUCCCCACACCCCCAGCGCCCUGGGCAGUGGCAGCUCCGAUCCGGUGCUGAAUGGAGGCCUGUGCUCUGCCGCAUACUGCGGCUCAGCAGAGGGCACAACCCCAAAUUCCCCAGUCAGCCUGCCCAAGUCCCCCACGUUUCCAUCAGGAAGACCUUGUUCUGACGAGUGCUCCAUCUGUUACGAGAACGCGGUGGACACGGUCAUCUACGCCUGUGGACACAUGUGUCUGUGCUACAUCUGUGGCCUCAAACUCAAGAAGAUGUCCAACGCCUGCUGUCCCAUCUGCAGAAGGCAGAUCAAAGACAUCAUCAAGACCUACCGCAGCACGUAAAGGGGACAAUCAGAACAGCAAAAUCAGGGGAAUAAGUUCAGGGAAUAGGAACUCUGGUACUUUAAUUUGGUAAAUUCACGGAAUUGUUUUUUGACCUUUCAUAGUGUUGGUACCUUUUCGCUGGAAAGCUCUUUUGUCCCUGCACAGGCGAAGAUGGAGAAGUCAGAGGUGCCCCCAAAAAGCUUCCUUCUAGCCAGACGGGUUUGCUCUCUGGCAGGAUCUUGGGAGCGUGUCACCGAGAGGGAACUGAGACAAUCCCAAAAAUCAUUUCGUUUGUUAAGCAACGUUGUAACUUAUGAGGACCGUCACCCCAAUUUGCACCAAAGCAAACAACUCACUCUGGGGCUGAAUGUGUUGAUAGGCGUUCUCUCUCCGAGGACGACUGAAGCUCUGACUUAGUUCUGACAGCUUUUCCCCUCAGUACCUCACAACUUGUGUCUGUGUGUUACUGAGCAUUCAGCCAUGAAGUGAUGGAUCUGUGUUGCUGUCGUGGUGAUUAGAAGUGAGUGAUGUGCGUAGAGCUGGAAGGCAGAGCUGAGUAUAUUAAAUAGGAUUGUAACACCUCUUGUACUCGUAUAAUCUAAUGUACUAUUUGCAAAUGUCGGUGGUAGCUAUAUCGUCGUGCUAGCUAGCAGCUUGCUCUGCCAUGUGGUAUGUUGCACUGAAAUAAGCAGUGCCCUCUCAGAAAUGCCCCCUCAAAAGACCGAGAGGUUAAAGACGUUCUCCGGUUCAAUCUCCAAACCUGCAUCCAAUAGAUUCAGCAGCUCGGAGGCUGUGACAGGAAACAGGAAGUGAUUUUGGAUUCUCCUCAGGGCCCACAAUCUUUUUACUGUCCUCCCAAACUUCAGCCAUGUCAUGCCUAACACACUGUGAGCGCUCAUGACGAAUCGACAGCUGCUCUGAAAUAGUUCCCAUGGCAACGCAGAGUCAAAGGAUCGUUGCCAUGGCAUCAGAAGCCACCACAGAUGUCGCCCAGCCUCCUGCCUUAAACCAGAGGAGGUUCAUGUGUUACACGAUUCCUGUGCUUUCUCCCGUUUUACAGAACCCAGACACAUUACCAAAUGAUCCUGUUCCGUGACACAAAAAGAUUCACUCAUCCAAAAAAAACUAUUUUUGUAACAUAAAUUCUCUACAUUUCCAAUAUUUAACUAAAAUGUUUUCUAACGCUUUGUGACAGGCCUUUCACCAGCAGCAAGAAUCUGUUCCUAUUUUGAAUAUCUGCACGGUCCUUAUGCUCUAAUAGCACUACAAAAUGUCUUGAAAUGUCCCCCUCAGAGACAGCAGCUCAGCAGCAAGCCGUUGCUCAUUAGAGGACGGCGCGAGCUGACAGACCGUUUGUCUCCUUUAAUGACACCGUCCUGCACUGUGCAGAUAAACGCUCGGGGCUCAAACUUUUGCCGCUACGUUAUUGGCCAGCUGUCCUCUGAGGGCCAAUGCCGGCAGAGAUGUUUCACAGAUCCCUCCUCCCACACUACACUUUGAUACGCUACUGCUUGAAGCGUGGAUUCACAUUUGAAUGUCAACUUGUGUGUUUAGAGAGAUUGUUGGCUUUCAUCAUAGUUUGAUUUCAAACAAAAAACAAAGAAAAAAAGUUAGGUCUGUUUGAUUUAUUUUUCUGUUGUCCAUUCUUGUACUUUGAUUCUUUGAUUAUACCUUGCAACAGUAAGUCAUAUUGCAGUAUACAAUCGGAACCUCAUUGCUUUGGGGUGCAAGAUAUAAACUCUUGGUUUAAUUACAAUUACUUAAAUUCCGCAAGCUCUUUUGUGUAAUUGAUCUUCUCGUGUAUUAGCCUUCUUACUCGUUCUGUAAGUAGAUCUCUUCUCAUUAUGAAGUCUAUCUCUGAAUGCUAAAUGUCACUUUAUAAAGCUACUGAUUGUAAUCUUGUUAAUGUUUCGACUCAACUACGUCUGUAUUGUUUUGACUCUCUGACCAAAUUGAUCAUUGAUUAUUUUGGUUUGUCUUUACAUCUCACACAUGGGAGUCCUUUGGUGCAAAACCCAGUUUCAGUUUGAGCUGCUGUAUGUUUUUGGUCCACAUGAAUUGAUAAAUACAAACCCAGCCAAAAACCUGGCUGAAAAAUUAGCAAACAAACCUUACAUCAUGUUAACUGAAGCUAUUUGUAUUUGAUGUCAUUUGUUUGCAUCCUGAACCCUCCACAGGCUCUUUGAGUGUCACUGAUCCCGACAUUGUACUAUUUAUUUGGUCAUCUCUGAUAUGUGGACUAAUUCCUGUGUGUUUGCUUUCUUUAGCGGUGCUCUGUGUAGAGCUGAGUACUUUUAUAAUGUAAUGCCGCAGUAAUCUGUUGACUGCGUUAACAUGGGGACCAACAGUAGACGAGCCUCCUAGUGGGCCGCUGUACGCGUUGCUGUAGACUGGAACCAUAUAUAUAUAUACACACAAAAACAUGUAUAGACUCAGCAGCUGAAGUACUUUACAAACUCCAACCUUGUUUUUUCUCUUGAAACAUCACGUUUGUCAGUGAGCGUCGGAUGAUUGUAAUGAAUAAACUUUCCAGAUGUGUUUGA